AUGGAGAACAAACUGAAGAAACAAGAACAAGAACUUCAUCAACAACAGAUGACAAUAACAAAUUUAUAUCAGCAGCUGAAACAAACAAAGAAGACGGAAACAAACGAAAUUACUGGAUCAACAACAGGUGUGGUGUACAUCCGAUGGGGAAGGAAAACUUGCCCUGGAAACGAAACUGAAUUGGUUUACUCAGGCUAUGCUGGCGGAUCGCAUUAUUCCAAUAAAGGCGCUGCUGCCGAGUAUGUAUGUCUUCCUCCUGACCCGUCCUGGGGCCCAAAACAAGAUAUUAGAGCUCAACAACCAGGCUUUAUGUAUGGCGCUGAAUACGAAGAUGAUAUCCUAUUCGACGUAAAAGACAGAAACAGAGAUGUUCCCUGUGCUGUUUGUCGAAGUGGCAGUCAGUCAACUUCAAUCAUGAUUCCAGCGCGCACCACCUGCUACCCCGGAUGGGAGGAAGCAUAUCAUGGAUACCUAGCUUCCGGUUACUAUAACCAGCCAGCCGCGUCACAGUACGUUUGUGUAGACCGACAGCCACAGACGCUAAACGGUGGCGGAAGUAGUAAUGAUGAUGAAACUAUUCUUCCAAGUACGAGCAAAGUGUGGCUCUUUAAAAUGUCCACCAUAUGA